UACACUCAUGGAUGAAAGCUGAUUAAAUCAGUGCAAGCUUAAUCUGUGCAACAAUUCACAGCAAGUCACCACACCAAGCUUUUUUUUGUGUGUGUGGAUAUUUUCUGUUUUUCUGUUGUCUGAAGUCUAUGUUAAUCAGCUCUUAAUGAUCCAGAGCCUGUAAAAGAGGAUCUUCUGUCUGAUCUGAGAGAAAACGGCAGCUGAGUUGUUAUCGGUGAAUCUCAGGAUUUUACAAGACCAAUCAAGAACAAUGAGUGCAUCCAAACUCCAGGGAAGUGGUGAAGUAAGAAUCGCACACUCUCUACAUAAGAAAGAGGAGGAGUUUGUAGUCAAAAGGAGAGAAACUGUUUUUCAAAGCCUGCAGAAACUCAACAUACCCUGCAGUCAGAAUAAAGUGCCACACAUUGCAUUAUUAAGUUCUGGAGGAGGACAGAGAGCCAUGGUGGGUUUGCUGGGAUCCCUGGUUCAGCUUGAUAAAGCAGGUCUUCUGGACUGCAUCCUUUAUCUGAGCGGAGUCUCUGGAUCCACCUGGUGCAUGGCCUCCUUAUACCAAGAACCAGACUGGUCCACCAAACUAGAGACCGUGAAAGACAAAAUCAUCAAGAGACUCAGCGGACCAGGAGUCAGCUGGGGAGACGCAUAUGAAAAACUGAAUAAAUAUUACAAUGAGAGAGACUUCUUCAGCUUGACUGACUUCUGGGCAGUGAUGGUCAUCACAACAUACGUGAAAGAGAUUGAUGAACACACUCUGACAGAUAAGCGGUCCCAACUUGGUAAAGACCCGUUUCCCAUCUACACCGUGAAUGACAAGCAAAGCAAACAGGAGAAGGGAGGAGACCCCUGGUUUGAGAUCACUCCAUAUGAAGCAGGUUAUUCCCUCACUGGAGCGUUUGUGGACACCUCCAGCUUCGGCAGCCAGUUUGACAACGGCUCCAAGAAAAAACAGCAGCCUGAAAUGGACAUGCUGUACCUGCAGGGUCUGUGUGGCAGUGCUUUAGCUGGAGAAGAUGGUAAAGAAUUAAUCUGGAGAAAACUUCAAGAUUUCCUUAAACAAUCAAGACCUAAGACAGAAACGAAAACGUCUGAGGAGAUGAAGGAAGCGUGUUCAUAUUUGUUCAAUGUGUUUUAUUCAGAAGACCCAAACUCCCCACAUGUAGAAAAGGGUCACCAGGUUCUCAUGGAUCUUGUGGAUAUGAAUGUGUGUGUUUUAAAUGGCAAAGAUCCUUCUGCUUUUCAUCAAUCCAUCAGAAAAACGCUGAACGACCUCACUGGAGGCAAAAGUCAGCUGAUUUUUCCUACAGAAAAACUGAAUGUUGCUGAUAAAGAAGCUGCAAAACUGUAUAUGAAGCAAUACACUGAGGAUGUGUGUAAUGAUUUGAGUCAGUUCAGUUUUGGGCUUUUAGGUAUUGCCUCUAGCAUUUCAACAUGCAUGAUUCGGUGGAUCUGGGGCAGAAACUAUAACUUCCUCCACAGAAUGACAGAUGAAUCUGUGCCUUCCGCUCUUCUGAAAACUGAGAUGAGAGACUUUGAAGAUGCAGGACUAUUACUCAACUCACCGUACAUCUCAGUGCUGAGAAAAGAACGAAACCUUGAUCUCAUCAUUUCCCUGGAUUUCAGUGAAGGCGACCCUUUCAUGACAGUGAGAGAAGCUGCUGAGAAGUGCAAGAAACUAAACAUCCCUUUCCCUGAAGUCAACAUUCCCAGUGAAGACCUGAAGAAACCAAAGGACUUCUAUGUGUUCAAAGGCCAAAACACUCCAACCGUGAUUCACAUCCCUCUGUUUAACGUGGUCAACUGUGGAGAUGAAGUUGAGGCCUCAAUGAACAAAUAUAGCACCUUUCAAGAUCCUUACAGCACUGAGAUGAUCACUGAUCUUAUGGAGGUCGCUGGAAAAAACAUCUCAAACAACAGAGAGAAACUGAAGGAGCAGAUUGCGGCGGUCGUUGGGUGAAAAGGACACAACUGAUGAGAAUCAAAUCAACUGUAACAGAUGUGAUUACAAUUAUUG